CUCUCUCUCUCUCUAGCAGCCAUGGCUAACAUAGCUAUCUCCCUCUCUCUCUGCGUGAGCCUCCUCUUCCUCUUCCAUGGCUGCCUUGCUCAGCAGCAGCAGCAGUUCUGGCAGCGCAUGCAGUCGCAGCAGCAACACCGCUUCCGCGCCAAGACCCAAUGCCAAAUCCAGCAGCUCUCCGCCCGCGAGCCCACCUUCCGAUUCCAGUCGGAGGCCGGCGUCAGCGAGUACUGGGACGCCUCCAACGACGAGUUCGAGUGCGCCGGCAUCGAGUUCGUCCGCCACCAAGUGCAGCCCAAGGGCCUCGUGCUUCCCUUCUACACCAACGCCCCAAGGCUCACCUUCAUUGUCGAAGGUAGCGGAAUUUUGGGGACUGUGAUUCCGGGAUGUGCGGAGACUUAUGAAUCCGAGGAGUCGGGAUCGAGCUCGCGCUACUCCGGAGAAGAAGGCCGGAGGGGCGACCGCCACCAGAAACUCAGGCGGUUCCGCCGCGGCGACGUCAUCGCCUUGCCGGAGGGUAUCACCACCUUCGUUUACAACGACGGAGACGCCCCAUUGACCUACGUGUCGAUGAUGGACAUUGGCAAUGACAACAACCAGCUUGAUUUCAAAUUCAGAAAAUUCCUCCUUGCCGGAAACCCAGAAUCCAUCGAUAGGCCGCAGGGAGAGGGAAGAUACAUGAGGAGGAGAGGCGAAAAAGAAGCGCAAGAAACACGAAACGUAUUCUAUGGCUUCGACGAGGAGCUUCUAGCGGAAGCAUUCAACGCCGAUCCGGAGCUAAUGAGGAAGCUGCAGGGUCGGGAGGAUGAGCGAGGCAUCAUCGUCCACGCCGAGAAGCUGAGGAUGGUGCUCCCGGAGUGGGAAAGCGAGGACGAGGAGCGUCAAGACCAACGACGAGGCUACUAUAACGGGUUAGAAGAAACCUUCUGCUCAUACAAAAUCAAGAGGAACUUGGACCACCCGACGAGCGCCGAUCUCUACAACCCACGCGGCGGCCGCAUCAGCAACGUCAACAGCCAGUCCCUCCCCAUCCUCAACUACGUCCAGCUCAGCGCGCAACGAGGGAUCCUCUACAAGAACGCCGUUGUCGCGCCCCAAUGGUGCACGAACGCCCACUCCGCCAUGUACGUGACCCGAGGAAGCGCCCGAGUUCAAGUGGUCGGAACCCAAGGAAGGUCGGUCUUCGACGGAGAAGUGAGCGAGGGGCAGCUCUUGAUCGUACCACAAAACUUCGUAGUCGUGAAGAAGGCUAGCCAGGAAGGAUUCGAGUGGAUCGCGUUCAAGACCAACGACAACGCCAUGAACGCGCAGCUCGCCGGCCGGCUCUCGGCCAUCCGAGCAAUGCCGAACGAGGUUCUGAUGAACGCCUUCGGCAUUUCGAGAGACGAAGCUAAGAGCUUGAAGUUUGGGAGGGAAGAAUCCACUCUUUUUAGCCCAUCGCAGAGAUAUGCAUAAAUCUGGGUGUAGUGAAAUUUUGUGGCAAUAAAAGAUGCAUCUCCUCGUUGUGGAAAUGUGUGAAUUAACGAGUUUUGUUGAACUAUAGUAGCGCAAUAAAAGAAUGUUACUGAAAUUAGAGAAGAAUGGUGAUUUCGCGAUUUUAGUUUCUACAAAACUUGAUAAUAAAAAGUGAACUAAUAAAAUAACUACUUUAAAAUAUUGAAGAUAAAACUUAGCCAUUAAUUAAUAUAAAAAAUAAAAAUAAAGCAACACACUCUUUUUAAUUAAUGCAAAAGGAGUAAAAGAUGUGAAACAUGUGAAAAUAUAUAUUUCUACCCUAUAAAACUUGUAAAAAGUGGGGAAAAAUGGUGAAAAUAUAUGUUUUCCACUCUUUUCCAUCAAAGAGAACGCGCCCCUAAAAGAAAAGGAGAAAAAGAUGAUAGAAAGAAGAAAACAAGGAUAUAAAAGUUAUGCUUAAUAAUGCUAGAACUUGUAAGAUUCUAAUUGUGAUGCAAAUUGAAACUUUGUUUUAAUGUUAUAUGAUAUGAUGCAUUAAUUGAUAUGAUGCUCUCUGCUUAUUUAUCGCCUCGAAGUUGGAUGGAUUAUUUAAACAUCCUCUACUCAUACCAUUCUUAUC